UGUGUAGUUGUAUCUUUCUGAGAUGGUGGGUCGGGAAAUUUCUCCAACUGAAAUAGGCAAACAUGCCAAAUUAAUAAAAAGCGCCCAAGAAGAAAUGGCCACAAUGGAUGUUUUAGUUUGUGGCCGGUGUUUGAAUGUCUUUCAUUUUAUUGAAGACUUCAAGAUGCACAAGCAAAAGACAUGCUUCAAAGAGAACAAUAAUGUUCGUGAGUGCAAUGAUACCAAACCCAAAAUAUGGGCUUUCUUGCUGUGGAAAGCCACACAACUACACAACAAUAAAGACAACAACAUCACCAGUCCAAACUCUUGGGCACUCUAUCAGACAUGGGUUAAAAUGGAUGAAAGUCUUCGGGAAACAUGGAUUGUGGCGGGUAAAACUAUACAAUCGUUUGCCAAAGUAUCACAGGGGAAUCUGCAAGAAAUGCCCGUAAAGAUUACAAAGACCGUGGUGAAUAAUAACAGCAAUGCAAAUAGUGAUGGAAUAUCGCCGGGAAGAAAACCACUAACACAAACAAAACCACAAGUGGCUAAUCUCAAGCCACCCGUCAAAUUGAAUGUUAGCAACAAAUCAACAGCAGAUUCUGAAAAUGAAACAUCACCGCUUAAAAGCCCUUUGGCAAAUAAUGCUGUACAAAAAAUUAUGCCCAAGAAACCAAUAACAGUCUCGCCACAAUUAUCCACCAAGCCAACACCAGCUACUGCAACACCACCACCAACAACAACAACUGCCACUACACCCGCUGCUGCUGGUAAACCCUUGACACGUCGUGCCAAACGUUCAGUACCCAAUAGCGAAGAAGUCGUUGAGGAAAAUGUGGAGAAAAUUGUGGCCAAGCGGUUUAAUCCUCGUCGCAGAAUGCACGAAUAUCUGGUGAAAUGGGAAAAUCGUGCAUUAGAACAAAAUACUUGGGAACCUGCUUCACACUUGGAAAAUGUCCCACACCUAUUGGAAACAUUCGAAAAGCAACUGGCCCGUCAAAAAGAAACACGAGCAGCUCUACAAGCAAAACAACAGGCCGCUACAGGAACUCCCACACCAGGCAAUAAACUUGGUGAAGUCAAAGUGGCUGUUAAAGACUCUCCAACACAGCAAGCUUCACCCUUAGAUACUCAAAGAUCACAACUGGGAUCACCAUCGGAUAGACCACAGCGUUCGUCUAAAACCAAAGCCAUGGACCAGGUAAAGCAGUGGGUUGCAGGAAAUUCCGUAUCAUCUGCCCAUUCCCCAAACUCGGAUGCGGCCUCCCAUCAAAACGAAAACGAUAAAGACUGGCCACUGAACACCAGCACAGGUUCCGGUCCGUUGGGAGGCCUAAAACGUAAACUGGAUGAUUCCGAUUACAAUGAUUCUAAUGCUGACGAAAUGCCAGCAAGCACAACCAACACCAUGGAGGAUUUGGAGGAAGACCUCAUACCAUCCCAUACCUUGAAAAAAAUGAAGUAUGGAAACUCGGUGUCGGUAGAAGUUAAAACUAAAACCGAUGUUACUAAACAAAUUAAAGUCAAUGGAACUGCAACGGCACGUAACGAAAUUCAAACAACUGUGCCCACUUCCUCAUCUUCCGCGGAGGUGAUCAUAACCCAAGACACGAGCGCGUCAGGUGUUGUCAAGAAACCAGGAUUCACUGGUACCGGCACUAAUAACAAACCUGAGGCUCAAGUUCGUAUCCUUUCCAAAGGUGAAUCUGCCAUUUCCAACUCCGGCAUUGUGCGUGUUGGAAGUGUCAAUGACAUAACCAAUGCAACAUCUUCCCCAUUAGCCUCGCCACAUACUACACCUAUUGCCGAAAACAAAACCCAACAAUUGAUUACGCGAACUCAACAUGUUCGCACCGCCGCAAAUCCGACGGGUCGGUCAACACCAACACCUGCCGCCAGACCAAUGGUACAACAACAAAUUGUUCGCACUCCAAGCGGAACAACAAUCCAGCGUAAGAGUGUACCAGCAACAGGUAAUUCAAUACAACGAGGCCCAGGCGGUACUCUGCAAUCGCGUACCAUGUCUCAGGCGUCACCGUCAUCUGGAAGAAUGAUUAUACCGCGUCAGGGAAUGUCAGCUUCAAGUACGCCAAGAUUGGCACAACAAAAGGCGGUGACACCAGAACAGAAAAUAUUACAACUUUCUAAAUCGGGUGAUCUGAAAGUUACCAAGAAAGUGAUGACACGGGAAGAUGUGGUCGCCCAACGACAACAACAUCAGCAGCUGCAACAGAGACAACGGCAGCAGUCUCAAGUACACAUACAGAAAGUUCAGCAAUUGUCUGGUCCCGCCCAACGUAAUUCUCCCAUGGCUCAAAGAAAACCAAUUCACCAGCAACAACAUCAAGUGGUUCAUCACCAUCAGCAACAGCAGCAGCAAGAAGAAGAACAUCAGGCAAGGCUGUGUCCUAUUACAGGUAACAUUAUAGGCGGAAGUCAGCAGGAGGAUCAGCAAAAUAUUCAUGUGCAAGCACAAUUAGAACAACAGCAGCAGCAACAACAACAUCAAAUAACAUUACAGCAAGAACAACAACAGCAGCAGCAACAAUUACAUGAUAUAGACCCCAAUCUGCUGCUCACCCAGGAUCAAAUGCUGACCAACGAAGAUGGUACACCACUACUUGUUACUGGUGAAGAUGGCACCGUUUAUCAGGUCGCCGGUAAAAAUGCUGAAGGUCAAACUAUUCUAGUGACGCAAGGACCAGAUGGCGAACAACACUUUGCAUAUGUUGCCGCAGCCGAAGGUGAAAAUGAGAAUCAAGCCUUUGCCAUAGACAACGCUGCUGUAGCCGAAGCUGUAGCCCAGUUGCCAGCCGAUCAACAAGCAGAAGCUCUGGCAGCUGUGGCUGCAGGUGAAGCUGGUAACGGAGGUGGUCAGUAUUUGGUCAAAACAACCCAGGAAGAUGGCACCACCCAAGUGGUGACAAUGACUGAGGCUGAAUUGCAACAACACCAAGCAGCAGUGGCGGCGGCCGCAAAUGCAGCUCCAGCAGCCACCAAUCAAUUAUGUAUACAAACCGGAGAUGGCUCAGAUGGACAAGCCAAUAUACCAGCUGAGGUGGUACAAGCGGAAUUACCAUCACCGGGUGGAACUCGACGAGUUGUCUUACUUCUACAAGAUGGCACAUUUAUGAUGACCGAAAUGCACGACGAUGAGUUUAAGGCUCUAAAUAUUGCAGCUUAAUUUAAAUAGUG